AUGCCGCAGCAGACUCCUGAUUUUGGCCACGACGUGACCUCCAUCAGGGAAUGGCUGACCAAGGAGCCCCAUCUACCUCAAGAUUUCAGUGACCUGAUGAUCAAAAAAUUCCUACACAGCUGCUACGGCAGCCUGGAGCGUACCAAGAAAUGCAUCGACCGCUUCUGCACCACGCGGGGAGUCAUGAGCGAGAUAUACACCGACAGGGACCCCUGCUCGAACAAGCUGAAGACCGCCUUCGAUGUCACGACCGUGGCAACAUUCAUGGCGGGUGACCAGGAGAUCCUCAUCCACCAGCUCGACGACCCGACGCUGGAGCAUUUCGUGUUCUACGACCUCAUCAAGGCGUUCGCGCUGCAGGCGGACUACUGGCUCAACACCUUUGAGAAUUAUCCAGAGGGACAAAUCAUCAUCAUGGACAUUAAGGACUACUGUCUCAGAAUGCUGCCCAAAUGUAACAUAAUGUUCUUUAGGGAUUUUCUACUUUAUUUACUGGAAGGCAUGCCAGUCCGGGUGAAGUCCGUAAACGUGAUCAACUACCCGUCGUACUACGAGAAACUGUUCGCGCUAGUCAAGCCCGUCCUGCCGGCGUACAUUAUUGAUGUUAUCAAGUUCCACCCGGACCAGAGCAGCUUGCACAAGAGCGUCAGCAAGCAGUACCUGCCGUCGGAGUACGGUGGCGAGGCGGGCAGCAUGCGGGCGCAGCACUGCGACUUCGUCAAGAAAAUACAAGACCAAAGAGAUUAUUACAAGAAUGACAAUCUCUGGAAGGCUGACCUAAAGAAGAAACCGAAAGGAAUUGAGAGCGCUAUGACUGGAUCAUUCAAGACACUGUCUAUUGACUAGGCUUCAUACUUUCCUUAGUUACAUAUACCUACAU